AUGGAAGAGUUACCGCGCACGAGUGGCCUUUGGGUCGAGCAGACGCUCACAAAAAUCCUUGAAGUGCUGUCGCAUAUCCCGGGGUCCAAGAUUAUUGGCCGCUACAUCAAGCGGUCGCACCAGAACGAUCCCAUGCGAACGGUGUUUGAAGUCAUUCUGUUCGGGUUCACAGUGGCAUAUUUUCUGGCCUCGAAGCGGCCGUACGACCAGCGUACCCACGUUAAUUUCACGGAGGAGGAGAUCGACGAGCUACUGAAAGAAUGGCGGCCUGAUCCUCUGGUCGACCCGUUGACGGAGGAACAGAAGAAGCUCCUGGAUUUAGCUCCCGUCAUUGUCGGUGAAAAUGGACCCAAAGUACAUAUCAAGGGCAGUGAUGGCGAGUUUAUGAAUUUCACAAGCACGGACCUGCACAACUUUGCUCACUAUGACAGCUUAAAGAAGGCGGCUGUCGAGACCAUUCGCUACGCCGGCGUUGGCUCUUGUGGUCCCGCCGGCUUUUACGGAAACGAGGACUUCCAUAACAAUGCCGAGGCCGAUAUUUCCAAGUGGCUGGGCACUGAAAGCAGCAUGCUGUAUGCUCAGGACAACGCCACAGCCCCUUCGGUUCUCCCGUGUUUUGCCAAACGCGGUGAUGUGCUCGUGAUUGACCAGGCAGUGAACAUUUCGCUGCAAAUUGGCGCGCGUCUCUCGCGUGCCAAGAUCUUCUGGUUCCGUCACAACGAGAUGGAGGAUUUAGAACGCCAGCUAAAGUACGCCUGCAGCCUGCACAAAAAGGGUGCGUUACCCCGUCGUUUCAUCAUCACUCAGGGCCUGUUUGACUACACUGCGAACUCGCCCGACCUCAAAAAGGUUGUCGAGCUCAAGAAUAAAUACAAGUUCCGUUUAAUUCUUGACGAGUCUUGGUCGCUGGGUGUGCUGGGCCAGCACGGCCGGGGUCUGCCCGAGGAACAGGGCGUUCCUCGCAGCGAUAUUGACAUUACGAUCGGCUCUCUUUCCGCAGCGAUGGGGUCCUCGGGUGGGUUCUGUUCUGGCGCCAAACUAAUUAUUGAUCACCAACGCAUCACUUCACUUGCUUAUACGUUUUCUGCAACUUGCCCGCCGUACUUGGCCCGAGUGGCAAGCGAGGUGGUGAAAAUGCUCGAAGACGAGCAAGUCGGGCCCCCCAUGGUUGCUGCACUGCGCGACAAGGCGUCCAUCGUCUACAAGACCCUGCAGCGCCAAAAGCAUAUCCAGCUGAUCUCUCGCCCAGACAGCCCCCUGGUGGUGUUUUGCCUGAGCGAUUCGCUAGCAGAAAAACUCGACACCGAGGCCGCUGUAGAGCAAGUCCUGGACGCAAUUGUGCUCGAAAGCCGCAAAUAUGGCGUGCUGAUCUCGCGUCUCCAGCAGAUUCAGGAAUUCGAAAAGUAUACCCCCAUCAACGCUAUCCGGCUCUACGUGCCGAAUGGGCUUUCAGAAUCUGAAGUCAAGAACGCUGCAUCCUUGAUUUCCAAAGCCAUCACCAAAGCGGCCAAGCAAUAG